AUGGCGUGCCAUGGAUUUCUUGCGACACCGACCCCGAGAUCACAUGGAAGGACCAAAUGUUUGGCUGCAGCUGGCUCCAUAUUCACAUCCCUCAACACGUCUAUCUUCACAUUCCACAACCGCCUCUUGCGUUGCAUUUCCAGGUUUUUCCGUCCUUCCACCACAGCUACCGCAACUCCUAGCCGUCUAGUAACCAAGAAACAAGGCUACAAAAAGCUCGAGAAACACGAGCAUCAUCAGAGAAAACGUAACGACAAGAAAAGAACCAUCGUUCUUGAUCUUGAUGAAACAUUGGUGCACUCAUCGAUGGAACCACCAGCCCGAGUUAACGUCGAUUUCAUGGUGAGGAUAAAUAUGCAAGGAACGGUUAUACCGAUGUUUGUGGUGAAACGACCAGGAGUUACCGAGUUUCUUGAACGGAUCGGUAAGAACUACCGAGUGGCGGUUUUUACAGCCGGGGUGCCGGAAUAUGCUUCACAGGUUUUGGAUAAACUUGACAAGAACCGCGUGAUCUCACAGAGGUUAUAUCGAGACUCGUGCACAGAAAUGAACGGGAGAUAUGCUAAAGACUUAUCUCUGGUGGCGAGGACAGACUUCGGGAGUGUUUUGUUGGAUCCAGCUUGA